GGCCCCCGGUGUUCCUCUAUCUUUCUCUCUCUCUCGCUCAAACGCAUAUAUACAGGUCUAUUUCUCUCUGUGAAUUCUCUCCCCAAUGAGACAUAUGUAUAUUGUAUAGUGUAUAGUAUAAUACCACGACAGUCGCGCUUACGUACAUUUACACACAAACACCGCACAUAUAUACACAAACAGUCGCAUAUGAGUACAAUACACACAACUGUUGGUGCGGAAUAUCUACGAGCGAAGUCGCUCAUCGUCGCAGAGGUUUUUAUAUUACACAUUAAAACAAUAAUCGUCGCCAAGGGAGGAUCGGCGCUCGCGAGGAGCCCGAAGAAGACGUGCAGACAAGUGUAAGUGCGAAAUUAGCAAGGACGUCGACGACGAGGACGUAGACGUAGACGACGUAGACGACAAAGAGAAGGAAGAGAAGAGACGACAACAACAAGCGCGAAGAAAUUAUGUAGAUAUUUAUAUAUAUAUUCACAUAUGUAUAUAUAGGUAUUGAAGUAGGAGCAUCUACAGCAACAUCUAUUGUUUAAGGCUUCAGACCACACAACUCUAGUGAAUUUUCAAACUCAGAGCAGUCCAACGAAUUGUGUGUGUUCUCAUGACACUGCUGAAUGCUUGUUGCUACUGCGACGAUACCACUGUGCUGCUGCUUCCAAACUCACACAGUCAUAGAGACGAGCAAGGGCUGUAGCAGUCAUUUGACAACAGGAUGACAAUCGCUACUAGAGGCCAAGGUGUUGGCGUUGACCCACCUGACAGUCAUCAAAGCAGCACAAUGAUACCUGGUUCCCCUGGUCAGCAACAAUUGGUAGACACCAUGAUGUCUAGCUUGCAAAUAACAGAAAAUGUUCCUCCCAACGAGUGUCCCAAUGAUACAACAUCUACCACUAGUGCAGAGGAAAACAAUAAACAAAGAACUGAACCUGAUUUUCCUCAUGCAAAGCUUGCAAUGCUUGAUGAAAAGAUAUCUAGUCCGAGGUGGGUAGUGCCAGUUUUGCCUGAUCAAGAGUUGGAAUGCCUUCUUCAGGCCAGCAUCAAUCUUUGUAAAAGAGGGGUUGAUGUGCAGAGUGAAGCAUGUCAAAGGUUUUUUAGAGAAGGAUUAACUAUUUCCUUUACCAAAAUUUUAACUGAUGAUGCUGUCAAUAGUUGGAAAAUGAAUAUACACAGUUACAUUCACGCAAAUUGUUUAAGACUAAUUGAACUGUGUGUCUUGAAACUUGAAGAUGACUGGUUUCCUCUCUUAGAUUUACUAGCCAUGGUUUUUAAUCCAUAUAACAAAUUUCAUACAUUCAACAUGUCCAGAGUUUCAGAAACAGUACCACCAGGCAGUAACAUUUCUGAUGAUGAAAUUUAUGCUAGGUCACAAGAUUCAAGAAAUCCUCGUGGUUGGCUAGUUGAUCUUAUAAAUAAAUUUGGAAGUCUGAGUGGUUUUGACAUUUUAUUGAAAAGAUUUUCAAGUGGAAGAAAUUUGACAGUGCCAGUUAUUUAUGCAUUAAUCAAGCCAUUUGGCACGUGCUGUGAACUAUUAACAUAUAAAACAAUACAGAAAUAUCUUAUGCCCAUAGUUCAAAUGGUGCCUCAAAUUUUAGAUAACUUGACAGAUGCUGAACUUAAAAAAGAAGCAAAAAAUGAAUCAAAAAAUGACGCGAUAUCUGCCAUAAUAAAAUCAGCCAAAUGUAUAGUAUCGCGAGUAUCUUAUGAAGAAGAAAUUAUAAAGAAUCUAGAAAUUUUGAGAUUAAAAAUGAUAUUGAGACUACUACAAAUCUCUUCUUUCAACGGAAAAAUGCACGCUCUCAAUGAAGUUAAUAAAGUUAUUGGAAGUGUUAAUUAUAGCGUUCAUCGAAAUACAAAUUUAGAGGGAGAAGAGUGGUUGACAGCUGAAAGAAUGGCUAAAUGGAUCAAAGAAAACGGCGUAUUAGAAAUUGUUUUGAGGGAUUCUUUGCAUCAACCGCAAUAUGUAGAAAAACUUGAAAAAAUUUUACGUUUUAUCAUCAAAGAAAGGACACUAACAUUAGAAGAUUUAGACGCUGUCUGGGCUGCUCAAGCUGGUAAACAUGAAGCAAUUGUAAAAAAUGUUCACGACUUAUUAGCUAAGCUGGCUUGGGAUUUCAGCCCUGAGCAGUUGGAUCAUCUUUUUGAAUGCUUUCAAACGAGUUGGAAAACCGCCAAUAAAAAGCAACGAGAAAAGCUUUUAGAGUUAAUAAGACGUCUAGCUGAAGAUGACAAAGACGGAGUCAUGGCUCAUAAGGUCCUGAUGCUGUUUUGGAACUUAGCUCAUUCAGACGAAGUACCAACUGAAAUUAUGGAUCAAGCUUUGAGCGCACAUGUUAAAAUUUUAGACUACUCUUGCUCUGCAGAACGUGAUGCUCAAAAAAUGAUAUGGUUGGAUAAAUGUGUAGAAGAAUUGAAAAGUGAUGAAAAAUGGGCCUUACCUUCUCUGAAACAAAUUCGAGAAAUUUGCUGUCUUUACGAACCUAAUCCAAAUGUGGGUCACAAUCAACGUUCUCAUCACGCUUAUUACAGGCAAGAAGUUAUAGAACGCCUUCAGAGUCAACAUUGUGUUGUUAUUCUUGUGACAAAAAGUUUAACCACUUACAUGGAUAAGGUUCGAAAACUUGUUGAAGAAAAUCCAGACAUAGAUCCCAAUACUUACACGCCAGAUAAUCGUUAUAAUCACGUAAUACAAGUACAAGAGAGACUCAACUUCUUGCGAUUUUUACUAAAAGAUGGGCAAUUAUGGCUUUGUGCUGAACAAGCUAAGCAAAUAUGGCAGUGUUUAGCUGAACAAGCCGUUUUUCCUUCUGAUAGAGAAGCUUGUUUCAAAUGGUUUUCGAAACUAAUGGGAGAGGAGCCUGAUCUUGAUCCAGCUAUCAACAAAGACUUCUUCGAAAAUAAUAUUCUAAUGUUGGAUCCUUCUUUGCUUACUGAAAGUGGAAUCAAAUGCUUCGAGAGAUUUUUUAAAGCUGUUAAUUUAAAAGAGGGAAAACUAAAACAAAAAAGACGUGUUAUUCUUAUGGAUGAUAAUGAGUUAAUAGGAUCGCAUUAUUUGUGGAGGGUUGUUACCAAUAGUCCAGAAGAAAUAGCCAAUAGGGCAAUCGAACUUCUUAAAGAAGUUAAUACAAAUUUAGGUCCUCGAUUACAGGCAUCGGUAAUCGAAUUUCACGAAAGUUACAUCGUGGAAUGUAUGGAUCGAUUAAAAAUCCAUUAUGACACAGUAUCUAUUCUAAGGAAAGAAAAGCUCGGAAGCUCACAAGAAGAAAAUGCUAAAAAUAAAGAUUAUAUAAAAUCAGAGUCCGUAAAAAUAUGCCGUGUUAUGAAAGUUUUACAAGAGUAUCUGAAUGAAUGCGAUACAGCCUUUCCUGGUGAAAGGAAAAUUUUGCCCCUGCACAGAGCUGCAAGAGGUAAACAUAUGUCCAUAAACAUAAGAUUCGCUAAUUCAACUCGAAACGUUGAUGAUGUUGAAAUUUACACACAUACAAAUGAUACGCUUGCCUCGUUAAGACGACAAAUAUUACGAAGACUUAAAGCUACAGGUUCCAACUUGAAACUGGAUCUGUUUAUGUUUACUGGUGAACUUUUGGAGCCUUCUGAUGACAAGAAACUCUUAUCGCAAUUACAUUGGCCUAAAAUGACGUUGUCAGCUAAAAUAACCCAAACCAAUACGAAUAUGCCAAGUUCUCCUGAUAGCAGUUCCGAUAGCUCCACAAGUUCACCUCAUCAUCCAUACACUAAGAUGGAAGGUGGUCACGCCUCGAAUCCAGAGGCUGAAAGUAGUUUACCUGGAGUCAUAUUAUCUCAACGGCCGCAAUAUGCCAAUUUUUUCUUUCAAUUGGCCGAUUUGGGCUGUACUCUGGACAUCCCUCAGUUGCGCGAUGGUGCAAGAAAUCUGUUGCAGCUCGUUCCACCGGAUCGUCUAACAGUAAAUAAACUCCAAUGGUUUUUCGGUAGGUUCAAAAAUGAGGAAGCGCGAAAUCUAGCUCUUACAGAUGAUUUACAAGGAACACCAACAAAUCCGUUCUAUUCUCCAAGUCCCAGUCAAGUUUUAUAUAAUUUAGAAGUACUUUAUGCUACUUUAAUGCCAGCAUUAGAUCCCAUAUCAGAUCGAGCUCAAGAGGUACAAUUACAGCUUAUAAAAAGUGGUGAAGCUAGUAAAAUUCUUGAAUUGUUGACAAGCAAUGAGUUUUUGCCAAAUGCUGAUGAGACGACCAAACGCUCGGCCUACUUGACAGUUCUCAAGCUUUGCAAGUUUUUGCUUACAGUAAUGGCUAAUUUUUUGUCGUUAAUGACUGAUGAUGUACCUCAAACAAGUCUCGAGUAUCUACAAAAUAAGCAAACAAUGAUAGUGCCUAUAAGUGUACUAAAGCAGGCGUUGCAAAGUGUUCCAAAUACAAAUAGCGAGUACAUGUUGAGAACAGUCGCCGUUAAAUUGGCCACGCUUAUCGUCAACGAGAUGCUUAUUGGUAGUGCAGAAUUGGAUAGAUGCCGGUCCCUUCUGGAUCAGACUAUAUCUUGGGAGUUGCCUGAUUUAGUGACGAUUCGUGCCAUAAUUAGGUUAGCUUGGGCUUCUUCGAGUGGUAGUCUAAAUAACAUUAACGCCUCGCCACAGGUAUUGCACGAAAUGCAUGAGACUAACGCCCAUGAACAGAGGAACUCGGAUAAUAGUGAUGUUUUAGUCUGUAAAGAAGCUUUGGAAGUGUUGACUAUCGCCAUAGUACUGAAUCCAAAGGCUUUAGAAGAGUUGACGAAAGGUGCUAUGCGCAAUGAACCUGCUACAGAAAAUUUCAUGUGGAAUACUUUUCUGAUAGACCUUGUAUUGUUGAGCGAUUCGCGACAGAUUCGCGCAACAGCAGCCGAACAAUUUUUCCUAAUAUCAUCUUGGUGUAGCAGUGGCCAUCAAGCUCUGCAGUUUUUUAUUAUGCGGCUCUUCCCAGUUAUUAAUACCGCAGCUAUGGAUUAUGCCAAACAGAGCCAUGAAUUUUUCCAACUAUUGUGCAAAUUACUGAAUUAUGCGCACCUAUCCGGCUGUCAAUUAGCACCAGCCGAAAGUUGGUUGAGCACAGAAAUUGCAUGGCUUAAAGAAGUGCGAGAUCGAGUUCACAAAACUGGCGACAGUCAAGUUGAUGAAGCAGUCCUGGAGGGUCAUCUUGGUCUCGCCAAAGAACUACUAUCUUUUCUUCCAGCCAGCAAGAAGUUCGAGCUAGGAUCGGACGAGAAGCGAGGUGUUAAUUUGAUAAUGGAGCUUGUUCAAGAUUUUAUAUUUCCUGCUUCGUGCAGUAUGCUUCAAUUGCGUAAUGGUAGCGAACUCGGAUCGACGUUCGCCCCUCCUGUCUGCAGUACACCCCAAUCGAUCAGUGCCGCAUUUGAACUGCUUAUUAGUUUGUGUGCAGGAUGUGUUCCAAAUAUGAAACUGCUGGUCAGUAUGUUGUGCGACAUGUUCUACUCGGAUAGGGAUGAGCCAUUGGUCGAAUGGGAUUACUUACCGCCAGUAGGUCCAAGACCAGCCCAAGGCUUUGUAGGUUUGAAAAAUGCCGGUGCGACGUGUUAUAUGAACUCAGUACUGCAGCAACUGUAUAUGGUAGAGAGUAUACGCGUAGGGUUGCUUGCAGCGGAAGGUGCAGCGGUAGAUCCAAAUGAAGACUUUUCUGGCGACGAAAGACUGGAGAAUGAGCAGACCAUCGAGGCUAAUGAUAAUGAUAGUAACGAAGAAAAGUGCAGUGUAGACGAAUCGAGGAAAGAGUACAACAUUGGUAUACUAAAGCAGGUCCAGGCAAUAUUUGGCCAUUUGGCAUAUAGCAAGCUGCAGUACUAUAUUCCACGUGGCCUUUGGAAACAUUUCAAACUUCAAGGUGAACCUGUAAAUCUCCGGGAGCAACAAGAUGCUGUAGAAUUUUUUAUGAGUUUGAUAGAAAGUUUAGACGAAGCACUUAAAGCUCUUGGACAUGAACAAAUUAUGAGUAAAAUCCUUGGAGGAUCCUACAGUGACCAAAAGAUUUGCAAGGGCUGUCCUCACAGGUACUCAAAAGAAGAGCCUUUUAGUGUUAUAAGUGUGGAUAUUAGAAAUCAAAAUAAUUUAUUGGACUCUUUGGAGCAAUAUGUCAAGGGAGAACUGCUUGAGGGAGCCGAUGCUUAUCACUGUGAUAAAUGUAACAAAAAAGUUGUAACAGUUAAAAGAUUAUGCGUUAAGAAAUUGCCACCAAUCUUAGCUAUCCAAUUAAAAAGAUUCGAAUAUGAUUUCGAGAGAGUUUGCGCCAUUAAGUUUAACGACUACUUUGAGUUUCCACGAGAUCUCGACAUGGAUCCUUAUACAGUCUCGGGCCUCGCCAAAUUAGAAGGGGAGGUUAUAGACUGGGAUAGCGAAGAUGCAAUUAAAGGCACUUGUACCAAAUAUCAAUUAACUGGUAUUGUAGUUCAUAGUGGACAAGCUAGUGGAGGACAUUACUAUUCAUAUAUCUUACACAGACAAAGCAACGGAACGGGUAAAUGGUACAAGUUUGACGAUGGAGACGUAACCGAAUGUAAAAUGGAAGAAGAAGAAGAGAUCAAGGCUCAAUGUUUUGGUGGUGACUACGUAGGCGAAGUAUUCGAUCACAUACUCAAAAGAAUGACUUACAGAAGACAAAAAAGGUGGUGGAAUGCUUACAUGCUAUUUUAUACGAGAAACGACGUAGAACCAAAUACUCAAUUAAAAAAAGUUAAUGAAUUAUCCUUAUAUACCAAGUUAGGAGUAACAAAAAUGCCUCCAGCAAUCGAAUAUAGUGUUAGGAAACAGAACAUUAAAUUUAUGCAUAAUCGAAAUCAAUUCAACACAGAAUAUUUUACGUUUAUCAAAAAACUCGUAGCGUGUAAUCCAAUUAAUCCAAGACCUAACGAAAAAGUUAGUCCCGAGGCGGAAGAAUUAUCGAUGUUAUCAAUUCAACUGGCGUCAAAAUUUCUAUUUUUUACCGGCUUUCAUACAAAGAAGACUUUGCGUGGGACUGUGAAUGACUGGCAUGAUGUAGUGUGCCAUCAUUUGUUGGGAAGUAAAAAUGUUCGCUCCUGGUUCGCUCACAAUGUUCUAUUUAAUCAUCCGCAUAGAUUUUGUGAAUACUUACUCGCGUGUCCAGCCACAGAAGUCAGAAACGUGUUCAUGAAAAUUCUCGUCUUUUUGAUCCACUUCUCCAUGCAAGAUGGACCUUGUCCACCACCUAUGAAUGCUCCAAGUGUACUUGUUGAUCCAACUGCAACAUUAAGUGAUCAUCUUUUACAUGCAGUAUUGAUGCUGCUUCACCGAGAAGUGGCGGACCACGGACGACACUUACCACAUUAUUUUACACUCUUUCUUACACAUGCAGCCAAUGGCAUACCUCAAAAACUUCAACUUUUAAAGCUAAAUGUGCCAGUAACUUUCAUGUUAGUGGCUAUCGAUGAAGGUCCGGGGCCAAUGAUAAAGUAUCAGUAUCCUGAGCUUACAAAACUGCACCAAGUGGUGAGCAUAUUGAUCCGUUGCUGCGACUUGUCAUCGAAAACUCAGUCAAGUAAUAACAACAAUCAGCCUCUUCCAAAUCCAUACGGAGAUCCAUCUGUUGGACAAGAUUAUUUAAUGCCUAUACAACCACAUGCUGCUGAAUUGCUUUUUGGAAGAACUAGUUAUUUGAAAAAAUUAUUGAUUGAGGAUGGAAGCGUUAGUGAUGAAACUCAAAAACUUUUACAAUUUUGUUGUUGGGAAAAUCCUCACUUUUCCAGAACUGUUUUGAGUGAGCUAUUGUGGCAUAUAGGAUUUGCAUAUACUCAUGAAUUGAGACGGCAUACAGAUCUUUUGUUAGAAAUGUUGCUAAUGGAAGAUUCAUGGCAAAUGCAUCGUGUUCAUAAUGCACUCAAGGGAGUUCCUGAGGAGAGAGAGGGUUUAUUCGAUAUAAUUAACAAGAGUAGAAGUCACUAUCAAAAACGAGCUUACCAGUGCAUUAAGUGUAUGGUCCAUCUCUUCAGCAAAUGUAGAAAUGCCCAACAAUUUUUGUAUGGGAAUGCUGAACUUAAAAAAAAAUGGACCCUUGCGAUUGAAUGGCUUCAAGAUGAAUUAGACAAACAAAGACCUUAUACGGCGAAUGCAUCGUAUAUGCAAGCAUAUAAUAACAGUUGGUCGCCCCCUGCUCAAUCGAAUGAAUCGACAAAUGGAUAUUUUUUGGAACGUAGCAGCAGUGCUAAAAAGACUCUUGAAUUAGCCUAUGAAUUAUGUCCCGAAGCCGAGGAAGCUGAGACCGAUGAACAGUCUACCGAAGAAACCAAGGAAAUACCCGUUUCGUCAUCCUCGAUUGAAGAGGGCGGCGAAUCAACCGAUCGCGCUGUACAUUUCGAUCGAUCGACUAUCGAGCGUGAUCGAGAUCGAUCGACUGACCGACCAGAAUCACCCACUCGUUUCGCUGGACCAAUAUUCGUCAGCCAGCACACGGAAAAGCCAGAGUCAACAGGCAGAAUAUAUCACAUAGGACAAAAUAUUGGUGGCAAUCAAUUUACAUCGAAGGAAAAACUCUAUCAACCAGAUAUGUACGUAAAUUCUAAACGUUCGAGCAGCAUGGACAGAGCAAUAACGGCUUUUUACAAUAAAUUUCUACAAGACGCGGAUGACCAACCGCCACAGCAAGAACAACAACAACCAGGUCCAUCUCCCGUUCACACGUCUCAUUUGUCGCUGCAGCAACAACAGCAGCAGCAACAAUUGCUCCAGCAGCAGAGAUCGCAAAACUGCGAUAGUUCACCGAAUAACAGUCAGGAUCCAUAAUGAAUACUGAAAGAUGGAUUAGAUAAUCCGUGCGGUUCUGAAUCGUCACGAGCUGCCUCUGUGAGAGCAGCGGGGAUCGCGUAAAAUCCCAGAUCAGGUUAAUUUAUAUUUAUGAUUAUCACGGACUGCUAUUGCUACUACUACAACUACUAAUACUACACUACUACUAUUACUGCUAACUACUUCUACUAUUGAUUCAUGUGUACGUGAUUUGUGCGGGAAGUUAAUAUUGGACAAAACCGUAAGCUUGUACAUACAUACAUAAGGGACGAUGCGACCUAUAUAUAUAUAUAUAUAUUUAUUUAUAUAUAAUAGCCUACCAUUCUGUAAUAUGGAAGUUUUCUUUUCAACUGUAUACUAUUUAAGAUGAUUGCAGAGAAAGUGUCUAAUUAAAGAUAUUUCUGAUACCAAAUGUGUCCAAACAAAGAUGAAGAGUACGUUGAACGCAACUCUUCGUCAUGACAAUUCCACGGACGAAUAAUUAAAAAAAAAACGAUGUGAGAACUUGAAGAGUGAUAGUAAUCUGUGUAUCUAAUAGGGUUGUGUUGGAAAAUUUUUAUAAACGCGCCAACGAGCCAUGUGUAUUCGGUGAGUCGGUCAGUUCGGCGAGUCAUGUACGUUCGAUUUGUCAAGUUAGCUGCCAAUAUACGUGGCUUUUUAAAAAAACAUCGAUUACGAGCGGGCUAAACUUGAACUCUAUUCAAAUAAAAUUACUGCUUUUUCUAUUUUUAUAAAGUUCAUGCACAAAAACGAACAUCAAUCAUUUGCAAUUGAUUUGUACGUGGUACUUAAAGCAUAACGAAAAAAAUUAAAUAUUUAAACAGAUUGUUAAACAAUUUUCGAAAUGACUUUUUUUAAAAAAGCGAAUCCUAUGAUAAAAAAAUGUAAUUAUGAGACUGAAUUUCUUAAAAUCACUGUAGCAAAUUCUCAAUCAUGAAUAAUCAAUAAAAUAGAAAAAAUCAUGAAUUUUAACUGAAAAAAAUCUGGUAGAAUUUGAGGUAAAAGUUUACUUAGCAUUUAAUAAUUUACAUUUAUGAGCGUAAGUUGAGAGCUUUGAAAGUACAUUUACGAAACAUAAAGAGGAACUAUUAAAUGUAUCGUUUUAAGGUACAAUUAAUAACCGUCGAAGCUCUAGUCAUUUUCUUUGAACAUAUAUAAAUCCAGUCCAAAAAUAAAGGGUAGCGGGAAAUUGAUAUUCAUGAACAGGCUAUGAUUUUUAAAGUUGAUCAUUUGUUCAGUUUAAUGAAUGCAACUUGAAGACAAGUCGAUGUCCUUUCAGUAAAGUAAAAUUAAAGAUCAACUUUCGGUGUCAAAAAAAAAUCAUUGAAAUUAUUGAAAAUAAAAUGAGUGAUUUAAAUUUCAAAUCAAUUGUCAUGUUUUUAACUUGAUCGAGAAAUCAUACCAAACGAUUAUUAGUUUUUUAAAAUGAAUUUAAAUAAUGAAUUAAUACGAAAUAAAAAAAUAAUUCGUCUUUUCAAAUACUAACAAUAAACUCAUUAUAAAAGUAACCGUAAUUAUAUUAAUAUUGAUUGGAGUAUGUACAUAUGCGCGAACUACUUUUUUUACGUGUGAUGAAAAAUAAAAUAAUACGGACAAUAUAUUAUUUUAUUUUUAUUCCACAUAAUAAAAUAAAAAAUUCUAUAUAUGCGACGCAAAAAGAGCUUGUGUAAAUCUUGAUUAUUUGUAAACAAAACAUUGUAUGAUAUGUUUUUUACGUUACAUAGAAUGAUGAUGAAAAAAAUGAACUGAGGAAAUAGUCGGUGAAUAUUGUUUAAUGAUAAUUAAUUAUUUCAAUCUCGAUUUUCAUAAGAAUACUUAAAGUAAUGCUGUGUAUAAUAUUUGAACGUGAAAUAGUAACAAAAACACACACAAAAGUUUUAUAUAUAAUGAAUAUCGAAUUGUAUUUAGAAGUCAUGGUGUCAUGAGCUAGUGUCAUUUCCUAUAAAGUAAUUUUUUACAUAAUGUAUAAAACAAAAAUCAUCGUAUAUACGGAAUAAUAUAAACCCUUGUUGCUAGAAUUUGGCAGAUUAAUGAAGUUGAUGAAUUUAUAAAACACGCGUGAUUUUUUAAAAUACAUAUGUUUACGCAUAAAAUGUAAAUCGGUAUUGAAAAAAAUCAAUUCGAUAGAGUUUUAUAUUCAUAGAAAGAACCAUUUCUUAAAGAGAAAUGAACGUAAAAAAAAUAUAAAUGAACCAGUGGAGUUGGUUUGGAGGUGUUUGUUACUUUGGCGAUGUAUGGUUGUAUAUUGUGUUAUACUCGAAGUAUGGAUGAUGAUGAGCAUAAUGAUGAAAGAGAAUAUUUGAUGAAAGUAAUAAAAAUAAAUCUAGUAAUGAUAAACAAGCGUAAUGGCGUGUAAAAGGGGUGCUUAAAAUCUUAAUAUGACAUCUAAAAAAAUUUCCUACGAUUUAACAUUUGCUUUUUCGUCGUAAUAUAUGAGAUGUGAAAGGAAAUUCGUUAAUAUUUACAAGUUAAAAAAUACGAUUACCGUUACAAUUGAAGUAAUUGUAUUUUUUAACUGGUAAACGUAUGAUUAAUUAUCUAUUAAUUAAUUUAUAAAAAAUCAUUUGAUUAUUUGAACGGAAAGAUUAAAAUGAAAUGAUUCCUUUAAAGCUCUUCUACGUAAAUAAUUUAAUAACGCCAUUGAGUCACGUUCAUUUGUUCUUUUCUUAAUUUUUAAUUGACAAUUUAUUUUAAAUCGUUAAGUUUCAAGACAAGGUACUGAAUGCACUGUUUUCUGUAUUCGUUUUGUCUCUAAAAUUUUUAAUGGCUUUUUGUAUGAAACAUACGAAAAUACGUUUUUGAGACCUGCUGUUGUCAUAAUUUUUUAACGAAACUUAAAUUGCGCCUGUCCAAAUACUUACUUGAAAUUGUAUUUUUCAUUCAAAGAUAAUAUAUUCGGGAUGGAGCAAUUAAGUUGCCUUUACUGACUAAUCGAUAUCAUUGGCGCGUCUUUUGAUAACAUUUAGUUGUCAAUUUUACUUAGGCAAAUUAGUUUAUUCUAGCAGAAAUGUUUAUUUUCAACAAAAGAUGUAAUUUAUACACUUUUUAAAUUUCGAUAUAGACGUCAAAGCUAUCGUAUUGAAGUGUUAAUUUUAUUUAUAAUUUUUCUUGUAUUCAAUGACCACGUUUUAGCAAAAUUAAAAACAAUACACUGAA